AAAUGAGUGACAAAGAAAAACUGAUAGGCUCGAAUGCUAAAGAUUCUGACCUGGGCAUUAACAAGUACUAUUCAGAGCUAAGCACAACUGAAGUUGGGGAGGAUAAGAAGCAGACUAGUUUUAGGGAUACCUUCUGGAGGUGGGUCGCACUCUUCUUUGCGUGCUUCUUUUUGCUUGGGAGUUACUUUUGAUAUGAUAAUCCUAAUGCAUUGAGUAAUAUGUUGCAAGAUUAUGUAGCCCGAGGAGAUGUGAAGUACAAUUUGCUUUACUCUGUGUAUUCAUAUCCCAAUAUUAUCUUGCCUUUGAUUGGAGGAGUUCUCAUUGACAAGAUUGGAAUCAAUUUCUCCAUCGUACUCUUCUCUACUUUAUUGGUAGCAGGACAAGGAGUCUUCGCAAUUGCAGGAUUUGUUGGGCAAUCAGGAGAAGAUCACGUCUCAACAGCUUUCAUCAUCGCAAUUAUUGGACGUGUUGUGUUUGGACUUGGGGGAGAAUCACUAAAUGUGUGCCAAAGUACAAUUGUCAGCAGAUGGUUCAAAGGAAAAGAACUGUCCCUUGCUCUUGGUAUCAACAUCAGUGUGUCAAGGCUCGGAUCUGUCUUCAACAAUUACACAAUGCCUCCUUUAGCAGAAGCAACUAGUCUGGGAUGGGCAUUAACUUUUGGAUUUAUCUUGUGAAUUGUAUCCUUUGCCUGAGGUAUUGUACUCACACUCUUCGAACGACACGCUAAUAAGGUAGACAAGAAAAGUGGGGCUCUAAACGAAGACGAGAAGGAAGAAUUUCACUGGAGAGAUAUCAAAAAAUUCACUUUACCAUUUUGGUUGAUUUCUGCGAAUUGAGUUUUCACAUAUAUUGGUCUUUUCUGAUUCAAUAAUAUCUCAAAUGAUUUCUUUGUAGCAAGAUAUGGAAUCAAACAAGACAGUGCUGCAAGGAUCACUAGUAUUGUGUUCUUUAUUCCUGCUUUCUUAGCUCCUGCAUUUGGUAUUGUCACAGAUAGGAUAGGACAUAAGGUUACUUUCUGAGUGAUCGCGACAUCCACAUUGACCUUGUGUCACGCACUGUUUUUCCUUAUUCCAGCAUCAAAUGAUCAGAAUAUCAGUUAUUGGGGUAUAGCUCCAGUUGUCUUACUAGGUGUAACCUACAGUAUCUAUGUAUCAGCAUUAUGGCCAAUGGUGCCUAUGGUAGUCGAAGCAAGAGUGCUUGGAUCAGCAUACGGACUGUGCACAGCUCUUCAAAAUAUUGGUCUUGCGAUCGGGCCUACUAUUGUAGGAGCUCUCACUUUCAAGGACUCAUCGGAAAAAGAGGAUACAUCUGGUGCAAACAACAAUGCUUUUAACUAUGUCAGCAUUGUUUUGGGCGGGUUUGCUCUACUAGGAGUUUUCUCUUCUAUUGCCUUGUUAAUAGUAGACAAAGUUAAACUCAAUGGCAAACUUCAGAAGCCGGACAAUGAUGAUGAGAAUGAAGAAGAUGGAGAUAACCAAGAAAAUGAGGAUCAUGUGGAAGACAUGGAUCAUCACAAUCAUGAGCAUCACCACAGUGCAGCCUAUAAAGCCCAUGUUAAGAGAAGUAUAGCUAGAUCUUCUAUGGCAAAAUAA